GUCACUUUACCACUUUCCUUACCUUCCGCAGCCACCAUGGCAGAUGAGGCAACUCGGAAAGCUGUGUCAGAGAUACCUCUUCUAAAAACUAACUCUGGACCUAGAGACAAAGAGUUGUGGGUUCAGAGACUACGAGAGGAGUACCUGGCCUUGAUUAAGUAUGUAGAAAAUAACAAGGCAGCUGACAAUGACUGGUUCCGUCUGGAGUCCAAUAAAGAAGGCACAAGAUGGUUUGGGAAAUGUUGGUUCAUUCAUGAUCUGCUAAAGUAUGAAUUUGAGGUGGAAUUCGAUAUUCCUAUCACCUAUCCUGGAACGGCUCCUGAGGUGGCCUUACCUGAAUUGGAUGGGAAAACAGCUAAAAUGUACAGGGGUGGUAAGAUCUGCCUGACAGACCACUUCAAGCCACUGUGGGCAAGAAAUGUUCCUAAAUUUGGAUUGGCUCACCUUAUGGCUCUUGGGCUUGGACCUUGGCUGGCGGUGGAGAUCCCAGACCUUAUUUCUAAAGGUCUCAUCGAACACAAAGAGCAGCAGAAUAGUUAAACAGGCCUCCGUGUGACUGAUCUCAAGAUGGAACACCAACCUAGAUGACUGGUAUUUGUUCGUAAACCAUUCUUAGCCAAGUGGCAGUGUUGACCAUUUCUUAGCACGGUUUUUUUUCUCAGGUGCCUCAAACUUUCUUAGUCAACUUUCACUAAAUCCUCAAACGGCUCCCAUCAAAUCAAUAGGAAUUUUGAUCUAAUGUUGUCAGUGUCAAGCGGAAAGGUGUAUUAUUCGUCAUCGGUCAUGGUGGUUUAGUGUGCAAAAACAGAUGGUUAUUCACACGGGACCAGCUUCAUUUAGUCUGUUGGUACUUGUAAAUGUCUCUUGAAAGUGUUCAUGUGUUCACUUAAUUAUUCAAAAGACCUUUUUUUUUUACAUUCACCAGAUUUUAUUUUAAUUUCAAUAAGGUCAUGAAACUGUAAAAAUGUAAAUUAUGAUGUAAGGAUGGUUAUAUCCAUGGCGAGACCUAUGAUAUAAUAAAUUACCUGUAUUGCAAAGAAGAAAGUAUGUUUGGACUGGAAAUUACUCCUAUGUUUCAAACAUUUCAGGCCAAUAUACUUCAAGAUUGAAUAUAACUUGAUAUUUUGUAUAUUUGACUAUAUUUAGAACCUCCAAUAAGUAAUGACAUGUUUGACAUCUAUUGCAUAAUGAAUGAAUGUAUCAGAUACCAUAGCAACUUUUCAUCUGAUCAACUCACAUUAACAACAGAUCUAUUAAACAAUAUUGCUAGAUGAC